AUGUCAGUCCCCUACAGGCUCAGCGCACUCCGCGCUAUUUCUGGAUUUCGGACGGAGUCGGACGAGGCAGCCACAGUAUUGGCGGGAAUGCUCCCAGUAGAUAUAUUGGCCAAGGAAAUUGAGAAAAAAUACAUAGCCCGAAUAGCGAUGGGCGAUGCCAUCUCAAUGGACGUCAUCCGAAGUUCGGAGAGAGCAGCAUCAAUGGCAAUUUGGCAGGAAAGAUGGAUCACAGCGAACAAGGGGAGAUGGACACACAAACUAAUCCCCAAUCUGGAGCAAUGGACUGGGAGACGGAAUGGAGAAAUUAACUUUGUCCUAACGCAGUUCUUUUCUGGAAACAGCGUACAGGAAGUAUCUCCAGAGGUUCAGGCACGGGAACACUCCAUAGUGCCCGAACUGUCUAAAUCUGGAUGA